UCGUGGGUUGAGACGCAGAGAGGACUGAGCAGAUCUCCAAAAGAAGGACUGACGCUGCCAGAAUACCAGCAGAAUACCAGCAGAAUACCAGCAGAAUUCCAACAGAAUACCAGCAGAAUCCCAACAGAAUACCAGCAGAAUUCCAACAGAAUACCAGCAGAAUUCCAACAGAAUACCAGCAGAAUCCCAACAGAAUACCGGUACAACCGUCAGUAUGAAGCAAACAGAGGGACGAGCUCUCUGAGUAAAUUCAAGUAAUUCAAGUCUUGCCAUGGAGGCAGAGUGGACCAAACGGCUCAGAAACAGAUAGGGGAAACCCCCUCUGUUUCCAGAACACCAUGGAAACACUGACAGACAUCAGGCAGGCACACAAGGAGGCCGAGAGGGGAAGCAGGAGAGGAGGUUUGUCCCUACCGAGCCUGGGAGACAGCAGCCGACGCUGCAGCCAUCUGGAUUCUGCUCCCUUACCUGGUUUGCGGAGUACCAGGACCGCUUGCAUGCCGGCUCCCCCCAAAAACAGGCAGAGCACAAGGGGUGUGGUCGCUGCAUCUCCACCCUCCAUCGCCCCGCUGUCCGUAGCCGAGCCCAGGCAGCUCAGCCGUUCAGCCCCCAGCAUCAUGGAACCGCUGUGCUCAACCACUGUGAUGCAGGCCAGAGCACACAUUCAGACCCGCCUGGUCUUCCAAGACACUGUAAAUGAGCAAAAGGGACCUUUGCUGGCGCCGCAUCCCAGAAUGCCCAAGCUGUUGGCCCCUCUAAACAGCCGACCCGGGGACAUUGCUUCUCUGCCGGUGCUAAAGCACCGUGUUCCCCUGAAGCCCAUCAGCCGGAGCGCCCUUUGCUCCAGGACCUGGCUGAGGAGAGAGAGGCUGAUCUGGGGCAGCCCACGCACUGGCCUCCUUAUUACUAAGGGUGGAAGUGAGGAAAGUGGAUCCAGCAGCCAAAGUUCAUGCGACCUGGAGGAUGAGGAAGAUGAGAGCGAUGUGUGUGUGGAAGCUUCAGGGACAAGAAGUAUGAAGUUAAUUGGAGACAGACAUUUGAAGAACGUGAGCUGCACUGAGGUUGGGGAGACACAGCAGCAUUUUGAAGUUCUCUCAAAGACCAGUAGCCUUCCACCCAUCCACAGGUUGGCACAUGGUCUGGAUGGAGAGCCUAUCGAUGGUACAAACUCUCACUGUGAGGCCACCAAUGGCUCUGUUGUUAAAUAUCAGUAUGCACAACAAGAGGAUACUGUAAAUGAGGAAUUAUCCAUCACAUCUGAGUGUAAGGAGAAAAAAAAUAAUUUGGGCUGCACCCCAAAGCCUGACACCAAGAGCAGUCAUGGGAUCCUUUUCCUCAUGAAUAACAACCACGGUGAAGCUAUUGCAGCCUGUGGAGGUACUUACAGGAUCGACCUGCAGCAUAUACAACCCUCAAGAAAAGCAAUAAGGGAUUCCUGUUGUGAGGAAGCAAGGGCAGAUGAUACAAUCCCUCCUGGGGAGGAUGAAAAGCUACCCUCCGUCUCUACGGAUAAGGCAAUUGAGUUGUUUACUCCAGCUAGAACCCUUCCACGGACAGAUACAGAUACCAGGGGAGAUGAGAGGAGGUUGAGGACUUUAAAGCCUGUCCUGAACAACGACAGAAGAACCAGCGUGAAAAGUGAACUAAGAGCCGUCAUUCUAACUACCCAGCAGUCCUUAAGCGUGCUCGCACAAAAAAAUCAAAGCAAUCUCAAUCGGAACAAGUCAGAAAGUAAUGUGAAGAGCUCAACGCAAGGUAAAGACAAAACAAGGAAUGGCCCCGAGCUGAUAAUUAGCGGAGAGACAGUCAAAAACCUCAAGUCAAGGCUAAAUUCUGUUAAAAGUGUUCACUGUCACAUUGGCACCCCGUCACCACGAAAGAAGAUUUCUUAUCAGGGCAAAAGAGGCAAUCCUGACAAGCUAAACAGAGCUCAACAGCAUGCACCAGAGAAGGAGCUGAAGAGCAUUGGGCAGUUGAAGAGACCCGGUGUAGCGGAGCCCUCGAGGUCUAAAUGUACUGCGGACUUCACCACCUACAGAGACAUGUUCCAGGAGAUACAGAAUGGGGGUGAAGCUUUGGCCAUUUACGAGGUGAUUACUGGUCCCGUCUAUGAUAACGAACAAGUUCACAGCUCCCGCGAGAAAGUGAAGGGCAGACAAGUGCAGUCUGCUCCGGCUAGGAAGACACAACAGGGCCAUGAAGUCAAGCACAGGCCGCCGAAACAAGCGCGGAGGAGCAGUCCCAAGGAGAGCGUCGUGAUUUCAGCUAAAAGCAAACCAAAACUGGCAUUCUCUGGGAUGAAACCUCCAUUUGCAGCUGCUCCAAGGAAAGGCCCACACAGAGUAAAGCAGGAUGGACACACAAAGGCCGAGUUAGUUCCUUCCAAAGAUGUUGGACUUUGUCAGAGUAGUGCUCCAGAAACUGCGUUGUCUACGAUCGAGAAGACUCUUUCUAGAUACGGGUCAGAAGCUGUCAAAUCAAAUGACAAAAGAUGGACCGCGCCAGCAGCUUCAUUUCACCAGGAAGAUGACAGUCGCCCACACAUGCAAGAAACCAGAGACCCAGACCGACCGGCUCCUGAGCCCUUAUCAUCUCAAAGCCCCCAACAGCCAAAGAUCACAACCUGGACGCCAUCGUGCAGCAGUAACAGCAUCAUGUCACCGGUCUACCAGAGGUUCCUGGAUGAGGUGGGGGACGGGCCACUUACCGAUGACCUGCUGCAGUGUCUGGCCGAGGAGCUGAUCACAUUGGACCAGAGGAGUGUCUCCACAGGCCCUGAAGUCCUUGAGUUCAACGGGGAAGAUGAUCAUGUUUCAGGAAGAAAGACACUUCUCGAGGAUAAUUCAAUAGACAGGGCUGCGCUGCUUGGCUGUGGGUUGGUCGUAAAUGACACUACCACAUGGACAAAGGGUGAAGUACUUGGCAGAGGCGCGUAUGGGAUCGUCUACUGUGGCCUGACCAGUCGAGGCCAGCUGAUCGCCGUGAAACAAGUGAGCCUCGACUCACUCGAACCGGACCCCGCGAAUGCAGCAGAGUACGGCCGUCUGCAGCGGGAAGUGGAGCUGCUGAAAAACCUCAGACAUGCCAACGUCGUGGGCUUUCUGGGUACCUCGCUGUAUCAGCAUGUGGUUUCCAUCUUCAUGGAAUACAUCCCGGGGGGAUCCAUCGCCAGCAUCCUUCACAGGUUUGGUCCUCUGCCAGAGCGCGUCCUGGCUCUAUACACCCAUCAGAUCCUUGACGGGGUGGCCUACCUUCACCUGAACAGGGUGAUUCAUCGCGACUUGAAGGGCAACAACGUCAUGCUGAUGCCCACUGGCGUCAUCAAGCUGAUAGACUUUGGCUGUGCGCGCCGCCUCAGCUGGCUGAACCACAGCGCCAGCCACAGCGCAGAUCUGCUCAAGUCUGUCCACGGCACACCUUACUGGAUGGCACCGGAGGUCAUCAGUGAGACCGGAUAUGGCAGGAAGUCGGACAUAUGGAGCGUGGGUUGCACAGUGUUUGAGAUGGCCACAGGGAAACCACCGCUGGCGCACAUGGACAAGAUGGCCGCCUUGUUCUACAUCGGUGCUCGGAGAGGGUCGAUGCCCACCUUGCCAACUGGCUUUUCGGAUCCCGCCAGGAAUUUUGUGAAAAUAUGCUUGACCAGUGACCAAAGACUGCGGCCAUCUGCAGACCAGCUGCUGAAGCAUUCAUUCAUCCCCAAACGAGAGGCCGGAGGACACUCAAAGAACUGCUGUGCUCACCCAGAGGGACUCUGUGGUUAGGUUACCCUUAGACACAAAGGUUGAGUUAAAUUAAGACUGAUUAUAGUCUGCCAGGUAUCCCCAGCGAUGCACAAGUAGUGUGGAUGAGAAUUUUGAAAUGCAACAAAAAUAAUAUACAGGUGAAAUUCUAAAAAUUGCGCAAAAGCUCAUUACUUUCAGUAAUUAAACUUAAAAGGUGAAACUAAUAUAUUACAUAGACUCAUUACCUGCAAAGUGAGAUAUUUCAAGGCUUUAUUUGAUAUAAUUUUGAUGAUUAUGGCUAUAUAAUUAACACAUACUAAUUAGUUUCACCUUUUAAGUUUAAUUACUGAAAGUAAUGAGCUUUUGCACGAUGUUCUCAUUUUUUGAGUUUCAUCUGUAGUAACAGGAUCCUUAAGGUAACAUUUAAAUAACUACAGGAGUACUUUUAUACACUUAGUAAUAAAACCUAUAAAAUGUGAAUCAUUUUUUGUAAUACACUGAAUAAUUUCUUUUCAUAGAAAUUCUAUAAAUGUGCCAAUCUUAUGGUAAUUAGAACUAGUUCUCUGCUCUGUGAUUUAUGUACAUUUUGGAAAAACCCAUAUUGCAACACGUUUACAUGAAAAGGUAAAAUACAUCCUAUUUGCUUUCCACUGAUCUGAGUUAACCAGUGUGAAAUUGUAACCAAGAGACAUGAAAGUGGUAAUAUUUUGACAUUGCUAUAAGAAUGUGUGCUAUUCAAAACACCGAAUUUCCUUCAUUAUUAACUACAAACAUGGAUAAUGCACAAUAAAACAACCGCAGCAACAAUCGUUUAUACCGUGUCAGGGUAGUGGCAACUUUGAAGUUUAUUUGUAAUAGUAAAAUGAAAAAAAAAGAUGCAACAAGUGGGUUACACACAUCUGCUCUUCCUCCUUACGCCCAACUGUCAAACCCUAACGGGUCUAAACUGCCUCAGGAUCAAGUAUUUUGAAUAACCCGCUCAGGAACAGAGAGGGCAGUCAGGUCAACAUUUGGGAACAAUAUAGUUUAAUAUAUGAAACUGUUGAGAGAGUGCGAGCGACGUGUUUGAAAUGAUACAUGGCUGGAAACGUAAAUCAGGAAAAACAAGGAAAACUAAGGGACAUCCACACUGCAGAUACUUUGUUUCCCAACUAUGUUCAGCAGGUCAACUGUUCAGGGAUGGAACUGAGCCAGCAAGGGUCAUUUUGCACUA